UUCAGGAAAUCCUUCGCUUGUCCAAAGGUAAAGAGCGACCUUAAAACUGGUACGUCCAUAGGUGAUCUCAGUCCUGAAGAUAUCAGAAUUAUCGCCUCAAUGGGUGAUGCUCUGGCGACUGGGAUGGGUCUAUGGCCCAAAACGACUAUUGAAUUCCGUGGAGCUGCCUUCCCAAGUGGUGGAGAUGCAACCAUCGAUGGACUUAUUACAAUCCCAAAUAUCCUUCGUGAGUUCAACAAUCACUUAGUUGGCGUUUCUCAUGGUAUGGGAACAAGAGAUCAGCUUCCUGAAACGCAGUUGAGUGUCGCUGAAAGUGGAGCUACGACAGACAAGAUGCCAGAACAGGCCCGAGAACUUGUCAGGCGGCUGAGAAAUCUGGUCGAAGUGAACUACAGAGAUCACUGGGUAAUGGUCAUAGUUACCAUCGGCACCGAAGAAGUGUGCUCCAGAUGCACUUCACCCAAUGUCACCGCACUAACGGAAGCAAUAGACAUACUUCAGAAGAAUCUUCCUCGCGCUUUUGUCGUACUAUUGGGACCUAUCCAUGUGUCGUUUCCGUACGAACUCAAGGGUAACCUGUUGAAAUCCCGCUGCGAAUGUUCAAGGGAAGCAUCGAAUACAUUGAUGGAGAAUUUGAGUGCUGCCUGGAAGAAAACGUUCGAAGAUCUGCAGGAACAUGUGGACCAUAACCCCUUUAGGGCUUCGACAUUUGGAAUUCUUGCCAUUCCCGAACUCACCAUAACUUCUCGAUAUCCUUAUGGCCUUUUUAUUCCCAACAAGCCGCUACUUAACAGAAGAGGUCACAAUUAUGCCACGAAAUGGCUUUGGAAUCGUUUGAUUGCUGGUGAAAAUUACAACCUUUCAGCAGCAGUGCUGUCUCAAGAUGCUUACUUCUGUCCCUCCAUCGGUUGCCCUUAUUUCCGCAAUACAGCGAACAUCCAUGGUUGCCAAUUGCUGAGCCUCAGUGAGGCAAAAGAAAAAGAACUAUACUUGGGCGUCGAUGGCAAAGUUCUCAAAACGAAAAGGCGAACACGAGAACGCUUGUACACCAUCGCUAUUUGCAUAGUGGGUAUAGCAUUUUUCGUCGUCUGCACGCUAGGAACGGUAUUUUACCAGAGGAGCAAACAGGGUGAACAUGGCCGGUUCGAAAUCGUCGAUGAAGCGCAGAAAAAGUUUGAAGACGCACAAAAAGAAGAGGAAAAGGCGCUUCUGACGAAGCAGGUGACAAGAGGGAUGUCAAUGAAUGAAGGCCUACAGAGAAGUACUCGGAAAUUGACUGAAGAGGCGUAA